UAGACCGACUACUUGCGCAUCCCUGAGCUAUCGUAGUUCUUGGUGUCAAUCAUUUCCCAUCACCGCUUAAAACAUAAACAAUCGUCUUAAUUUCUGCUGCGUACACAAGAAAAAUUGCAGGUGUUUAAGAUAAAUGCACAUAAUCCACACACUUAAUUUUUAUAAUGGACGUUGAAGCUGAAGAAGUGUGUGGUUCGGACACGGCAACAGCCUGCAAGCGCCAAAAGCGUACCAACUCCAAAGAUGAAGAGGAAUAUGAAAAUGGAGAAGGAGCACCACAACCAGAAACGGCAACUGGAUCAAAAGUGGAUCCCAUUUUGGUUGGCGAUGAGGCAAACGAAAGCAGCACCAGCAAAAACAACAACAAUAAUAAUAAGAAUAAUCAAAUUGAAUUAGAAGAAAGCAGCCAGGAACAGAAGCCGGAUGAGCCAAUGAAAGCAGUCGAGAACUCAGUAAACGCUGCAAUCGACGAAGCUUCAGGCGACGGGGCAGGUGCUGAGCGCAACAGUUCUCGAUCGCAAGAGCUCUCAAUCAAUAACAUGUUGCACAACUCUUCGGAUGAAAUGCCGGCUGCUUCUGAAGUCUCUUGUCCUGAUCCUUCGCUGUCCACCUCGACCAGGCGCAGUGUCGUUGAUGAUGAAGAAGAUGCUUCCGCGAAUACCGAUUCCAAUUCACGUGUAUUUCGUCGAUCAGUUCGACAACGUACUCGCACUUAUCGCCACCCGGAACACUUGUACUCUAGCAGUGACAGCGAUGGUCAGUCUAAUGAAAACAACAACAGCGAGAUUAAUAAUACGGAUGUGGAUAACAAUGGUGGUGAUGAAGUCGCCGAUCAUGAAGCACAUACGGAUGAUGAAUCUCUUUCCCAGGGAGCUCACGAUGACAGUAGUUCGGGAUCAAGCGUUGCCUUUUGGAAUCGCUAUUACACCUCCAGCAAUGAGGAAAACGAUUCCGAUGAUGAAUACGUUGAGACGGUGGCGAAUGUUGCCGAUAAGGCCCAAGUAGAGGCUGCAGUGAAUAAAGUCAUGGGCAAACCGAAGCCCGAAUAUAAUUGGAAUUUUGCCCAGGAGCUGAUGAGAAGGGAGCAUAACCUUUUCAAUCGCAUCGAUUGGCGUGGUGGACAAACCUCAUCGCAGAGCUUUGGCCAGGGAUACUACGCAACCAGACAGGUGGUUGAGCGAAUGAAAUUAUUGGAUUCCUUGAACUUGCAUCGUUGCUGUGUCAACUGUUUGAGCUUCAACCGCACGGGAGACUUGAUUUGCUCGGGCUCCGAUGAUCUGUGCAUCAUUAUUUGGGACUGGGCAAAGGGCAAAGCUCGCCACAACUUCAAAUCGGGCCAUAGUUUGAAUAUAUUCCAAACCAAAUUCAUUGAUAGCAUCGGCUGCCUAGACAUCGUCUCCUCCAGCCGUGAUGGUCAAGUGAGACGCGCUGUAAUCCCACCAUCCGGCAGCAGCACCACCAAAACCACCCGUCUCUAUAACCACAGUGAUGCUGUGCAUAAGUUGGUUAUCGUUCCACAGAGCCGUCAUGAAAUCAUGAGCGCUGGAGAGGAUGCUGCAGUAAAACACUUUGAUCUGCGCAGCAAUGAGUGCUCGACCAUGCUGCGCUGCGUCUCCAGGGAGGACAAGAGACGUGUACGCCUCUUCAGCAUUGCUCAUCAUCCCUAUAUGCCAGAGUUUUGUGUUAGCGGAUCCGAUGACAAGCUGCGCGUCUAUGACAAACGCAACCUGAGCUCCAAUGCUGUGCACGAAAUGACGCCCAAGGACUUGAAAGAUGUAAAGAUCACGCAGAUUACCUGCGCUGUUUAUAAUCAUAGCGGCAGUGAGAUACUGGCUUCCUACAGCGAUGCCGGCAUCUAUCUCUAUGACAGUCGCAAUUAUAAGGAAGGCGAAUAUCUCCACAACUAUGAGGGACACAUCAAUAGCCGCACCAUUAAGGGUGUCAACUUCUUUGGCCCACACUCCGAAUAUAUCAUCAGUGGCAGUGAUUGUGGCAACAUUUUCUUCUGGGACAAAAACACCGAAGCAGUGAUGAAUUUUGUAAAAGGCGAUCAUGCUGGCGUAGUCAAUUGUCUGGAGCAGCAUCCCUGGAUGCCAGUGCUGGCGACAUCUGGACUAGAUCACAAUGUCAAGAUUUGGGCACCAAGUGGUCAACCAGAAGCAGAGGUGCCUCGCACGGAUGCUUUGAAGGAAACGUUGCAGCGUAACUUCAAACGCAGCAUUUUGGAUGUAGGCGACUUUGAUAUCAACCAGAUACAUUAUUUCAUAAGACAGCUUAUAGAACCAAGGCGGCGCAAUGCUCUUGCUGUACAGAUUCCACGGAAUCGUAAUCAAGUCAGCAGUAGCAGUAACAGUAACAGUAGCAGCAGCAGCAGCAGCCAUAUCAGCUUGAAUCCUAGAAAUAUAGCAACUGAACAGCAGGAGCAGCAGCGACGUCGACGUGGCAGUCAACCGAAUAGCUCUGAUGAGGGUCAUGCCGAUGUUUUGGGCUGCCGCUCCCAAUGAGAGAACAAUAAUAUACCAUCAUGAUCACUAUCAUCAUUAUUAGCAGUAGCAGUAGAAGCAGCAACAUUGUCAUUAAUCCAAAGUCUACACUACGUAUUUUCUUGACUUGUUUCCUGGGGCUUCUAAAGUCCCGGUGAGCAAGCAAAUGCAUGUGUUUUUUCUCCUUCUUAUAUUUUCGUGUUGGCUCUACGUCUUAUUCUUGUUUAAAGCGUUUCAAAUGCAGUGAAUAUAUAUAUUUAUAUAUGUAUAUUAUACGAAUAAGAACGCGCAUAUUCUAAUUUC